CAAUUUUCCUGUCUUCCUAUUCAUUUCUUGGAACGUGUUUCGGCAGAAAGUACGUUGUAUGGUCGAAAUCCUAGAAGAUGAAGAAUAUGGAGAUUCGAAGAACAUGGAUGGUGUCUCGCAAAGAAAAAAAAAGCAACGCGAUACUUUGAAAUACUUUCAAGUAGUCAUUGAAAAAGCCUCUCCACGGAACGAGUAUGCUCAGAGACGCUACCGUUUUGCUAGUUCACUCAGUGUUAGAGACUGGCUUGGACGGACUUGUCAGUCUAUCCAUCCGGUUUCCAAAAUGACCGCGUCAAAUAUUAAGGAGAUCAAGUUUAUCGUAACAGUAAAGGUGCAAUCAGUAAGGGCUCAGACCCUUGUCAUAUCCGUCAACAUUUCCGAACCACUGUGCUCGUUGUUUAUCACUUUCUGCGAUAUGGAUAAUCCGCAGAAAGAGAUCACCACUGCCCACAUAUUCCAUACGAAACAGCAGCGGCAGUAUCCACAAACACGGAAGGUCGUCUACACCCCCUCGAGGGGGUCAAAAAACAUGUAUACCAUGUCGGCAUCGCCCGCCUUCAUCGAAGAAAGCGACGAUGACGAUUUUUAUCGUAAACGCAAGUUUAAUAGCAAGGCAACAGUUUAUCCAGCUCCAGCUCGUUAUCAUCACAAUCAAAUCGUGCAAGAGGUUGCCAUAUCGUACUCCGCUCCGCUGACCAUAUCUGCUCCAAGUUCUCCACUCUCUCGCCCACUUAGUAGCUCAGAACGCAUAGGAACGGAAGAUUAUUCAUCGGUUCAAGACUAUAUCACUGACCAGCGCGCCAUUCAGCCGAAACCUUUCGUGAGCCCGGAAUCUGUGGAGCGAGUGAAUGCGCGUGGACGGCACGAAACUGAGUUUCCAGUUCGGAUUGCGUACAUUGGCGGAGAAUCCAUAAGUCCGGUCCAUUCGGUGCCUAUCACUACAGUGCCGUCGACGUAUCGUGGUCCACUAAUUGACAGCCGUGCAUCCACACGUUUAGCCGAGUCUGUGGUCUCUGAGACGACAACUAUUCAGGAAUUAACUACUAUCACUACUACAAGCCACGGUCGUAGCGUAUCCUCAGAUAUGCCUGGAGUGACUGAACUAGCUCAGCGAUUCGAGCGCAGUUCUCGCAGUGAUAGCGGAGAUACAGGAAGAACCACACCGAAAGCUCCUCCUAGAGUUGUAGUCAUAUCGAAACCUGGGCCAGAAUUCGUCUACUCGUCCGAUGAAUCAAAGGUUCGUCGCAUCGAACGGCCCUCGUACUCGCCAUCCGAUCAGAAAGGCGUACUGUCUACUACGGUGGUGGAUAUUGAACCUCCAUCAUUCCGUACAGUCCAGCCUCAUUACGUUGAAGAAAGAUAUCAACUCGAGGAGCAGUACCGUUCUGUGAAAUCAUACGGAGGUCCGAAGAAAGAAGGCUACACCAAACCUAGAGAAGUUGUCAUUCCAACCGAAAAGAGAGAGACAAGAGAAACAAGAGAAACCAAAAGGGAGACAGUCAAUGGCCACACAGUGUUCUCGUCUCGAACCGAACGUACAUCGCCCACAGAUCAGCAUCGUGAACAUGAAAUUGAAGAAAUUCGUGGAGCAACUCCUGUAAGAAGUGUAGUCGAGCAGUUUGAGAGCAGAAUUGAAGAGGGGCGCAAAACACCUGACAGACGUCCUUAUUACAAGGAGGUCGAGGAAAUCACCAAAACUGAAAGAGCGACUCUACCGGAAAGGGAAGUAUACAUUCCAAAAAGCGAUUUACUCCCAUCACGAAAGACCUAUACCGAAUCAAUCACAACACAGAGAACGAGAAAGCUGUCUGGAUCGGAUCGGGACCAACCAUACCGAGGAAGAAGAGAGAUUACGAGGGAAGAGGUCACUAGAGUGCCUCCGUACAAUGGCCUGCGCGAAACUCUCACCGAAGAGGUGAGUAGAGGCUAUCCGUACACCGAAACAAGGGAGGUCCGUCGUGAAGAAUCCGAAGAAGAGUACAGACGUCGCAAAGCCGAACGAGAAAGAGUCGUUCCCGUCGAGAAAGUCGAAACUGUGGGAAAAGAAGACGUGACUAUGGAGACGAUGACGACAGAAAGCGUGAGAACAUUCCCUCGAGUUGUGGUGCCGAAACCGCAUUCGCCAACUCCUCCAAGAGCUGUGAAGAGUACGAUAGAAAUCGCCAAGGAAGAGUAUAAGGAAGAAAGGAAACAGCCAGAAAAGCCACCGAGAGAUUUCCGUGAGACGCUAGAGAGAAGUGAGAGAACUGAAAGAUCUGAAAUGACCGAAACAACCGAAACCUACAAGAGGACCGGCAAAAUGGAAGAUACCACCAGGACACCUGCUUCUACGCCUGUUCCUCCUCUACGUGCGGUGACAGAUAUGCCAUCCCUGUACACGGAAGAGCACCAUCACUAUUCAAAGCGAAGCGGGUUCGGCGGCAGAACUCCGCAAUCAUCAAGCGGCAUGGCGCACACCGGUACAAGCGAAUUCAUCUCUGGCAGCAGCGUGACUGCCGGAGAAAUCCGGGAAAUUCGCGAAAGGGAGAAGAGGGAGAUGAGAGGACUGAACGAUCGACUAGCAGCUUAUAUCGAGCAGGUACGUUUCCUGGAAGCACAAAAUCGAAAACUCAAUCAUGACCUGGAGAGGUUGACGAAGGGUAAGCACGCACCCGGAAUUCGUAUGAUGUACGAAAAGGAGAUCGCGCAAUCGCAAGCGAUCAUCGCCGAUGCUAAGAGAGAUUAUGGUAACACAGAAAAAGAAGUUCGAGGCCUUACUGCAGAUCUGACUGACAUCAGAAACAGGUACGAUGCCGCCGUAAAAGCCCGAAAUCUAGGGAACGAGGACGAUUUGAUAGUAAAGCUUUGCGACCUACAAGCUCAGAUAUGUAUGACGAAGAGACGUAAUGCAGUGAUUGAUGAAGAAUGUAAGCGUAUUCGCGCUGAAAAUCUGAAACUUAGCUCAGACCUUGCUGCACAGCGCCAGCUGCUCGAGAAAGAGUCACUCCAGAGGAUGAACUACGAGCACCAGGCUCAGGCUCUUAUUGAUGAGUGCAAAUUGAUUGCCAGCAGCAAUAACGUUAAGCUGGAUAAGUAUAAAUACCAAGAUACAACCGAAGAGAAUCGUGCAAUCUUCCGGCAAGGACUAUUGGAAGCUAUCGCUGAAAUUCGCAAGCUCUACGAUGAGGAUACAUCCAAGUUCCGUAGUGAAAUGGAGUCAUGGUACUCCAAGCAGGUCAUUGAGAUCCGUACCAGCAGCCGCUUGGCAGCAGAUGCCAGCACCACAAAAGAAAAGGUGAAGCAGCUGCGCUCUCAGCUUACUGAAAUGCGCACCAACUUGGCUAAUCUCGAAGGACGCAAUCACAUCCUCGAGAAGCUCAUCCAGGAUCUCAACUACCAGAUCGAAGAUGAAAGCCGUGUAACCAUGGCACAUCUUAGCGAGAAAGACGACGAAAUUCGUGCUGUUCGUGCACAGUGCCAGGCUAUCACUGUGGAACUUGAGAAACUCAUCGUUGAAAAAGUUAAUCUCGAUGCCGAGAUCAGCAAAUACCGUCAAUUACUGGAGGGUGAGGAAAAUAGAACUCAUGGACGAGUCAUCUCAACUGCUAGCCAUGCUUUCGACACUGCCACAUCAGCAACAUCAAGAAUUGUAAGCUCUAGCGCAUCACGUCGUGUGAUUGGAUCAACAAAUCGCUCAGAUUCUCAGAAAUCUGCUCAAGGAAACGUAUCCAUCCUUGAUGUUGCACCUGAUGGCUCAUCCAUUACUGUAGAGAACACAUCGGUUUCGCACGAUGAAAUGAUCGGCCAGUGGAGAUUGCGUAGCUUUGGUGGAGGACGUGACGUUAGCUUCACGUUCCCUCGAGGAUUCGUGUUGACACCGAGAUCGAAGGUCACGGUAUACGCCCGAGGAAAAGGCAUCCAUGCUCCACCACACUCACUAGUGUUUGAGACUGAGGAUUCAUUUGCGACCGGAGGCGAAGUCCGUACCUACCUCUACAACGAUGAUGGUCAAGAACGAGCCCGUGUCGAGCAUCGCAUCCUCUGAACUAGCUCAUCCAGUGACUCCCUGCCAUAAAUGCCUGUUCUGCUCAAUGCCAAUGCUUCGUAGCCUAUUAUUCAAAUACAUCAGUAUAUGUGUCAAAAACAAACCUGAACACUGCGAAUUACCCAUUGCUUCUUUCGGUGUAGUUUUUUUUAUCAUCGUUUGUAUAAACUAUUAACGCACAACGCCUCCUGUGACUGCCAGCAAGCACCGUAAUGCUUCCCAUUAGUGUGUGAUCACCAUCAUUAUGUGUUAAUAGUUCCGAACUCCACUUGGCCCCGACAUUCUUCUCACCCUCCCUCAUUCACGCGGAUUUCUAUGUGCCCUGGCAAUCCUCUCACGUGUGAGGAGUCGGACUCGUAACGCUAGUUCACAGUACGCAUCUAGCUAGCGUUCCGUAUUCACAUUCCGCGUCCGCUUUCGCCCAUUUCCAUUAGUCCGACUGCCCCCGGUCAAUAUUAUCAGUUCAGUUAACAAGUUAGAUUCAAUAAAUCUAUGCAUUGCUGUCGUUGUUCUCGUUGAGCAGCGCAUCCGCUAGCUCCUUCGAUGAAAAACUGAGACGAAUAGUUUUCUUUUUCAGAUC